GCUCGAAUAACUGAGGCUCAUCUACAGCCAUGGAAUUAAACGUUAUAUAGUAAACAAAUAAGUAUAUGACACACGUCCUCCCAAACUAUUGGUUGAUGGAGAUUAUGUCGUACAAGAUGCCGUUAAGGCUAACACCGUCUUAUUCUGCUGUCAAUUCCCCCAAAAAGCUUUGCCCACUCAAAACCCUCUCUCACCCGAAUCAAAUCCCUAAUUCGGAUCAUCAAUUUUACCUUGAGCCCUAGACUUGAGAAUUCUAACCUAACGCUUCUUCUUUCCGAUUCGUUAAUCCAGAGCAAACGAAUCGGACACCAAUUCAAUGUGUUUUUACUGGUGAUUUGAUAAGAAAAUGUCUGAAACUGUAGCUGAAAAUGUGUUUUCGUAUCUCCCCGAUGAUGUAGUUCUUAACAUAUUCCUCAAGCUUGUUGAUGAUCCGCGUGACUGGUCGCGUCUCGCUUGCGUUUGCACCAAAUUCUCAUUUCUGAUGCGCACGAUUUGCUGGAAGAACAAAUGCCAUCAAAUGAUCCCCGCCGUCGUCUUCAAUCUUCUCCCACCGGACGCCUCCGUCAAUUCAACAGUAUCUCCUCCAGGCGGCUGGGCGUCGCUGCACAAGCUCGCCGUCUGCUGUCCUGGCCUCAUGCAUUCCGGUGUCCUCCUCGAGAAUUCCGAUUUCGGACUGGAGCGUGAACUAGGUCCCGACGAAAACUUUCAGGAAACAAAAUUGUUUCAUAUAGGUAAGUCUCAAUCAAAUCCUUCCUGUUCUAGCACUGUUGAUGAUGAUAAGAAGAAAGAGGCUAAUGUUUCUUGGUCGUUGUACGAUGAUCUCUACUUGGAUACUGUUUAUAACACCGCUUCCAAAUCUCAAGAUCAAGGUGAGAGUGAGGUAUGCGAAGAAGAAGACACAAAAGCUUCGGCUGUUGUUAAAACAGCUUGUGAUUUUUCUGUUUGUAAGAGGAGAAAGAUGUGUAGAUCUUUUAAGUCUCAUUUAGCAUCUGAGGGUUGGAAUUUCAGCCGGGAGCAAGGGAACAAGCUGUUGGCUAGUAGGUUUAGAGGCGAUUGUUUAUACAUUUGUGAUUGGCCUGGUUGUGUUCAUACGGAGGAGAAGCGAAAUUACAUGCUGUUUCGGGGUGUUUUUAAGAAUUUCAAGAAAUCUAGGGUUUGGAGGACCAUUAACGAUGGGAAUCGUAGCAAGAUUGAUCUGAAUUGUGCAUUUUGUCCUAGCAAUGAGGUGUGGGAUUUGCAGUCGGCUUUCUGUUUGAGGCCUGCUUAUGGAUUCCAUGAUGAUGGGGAGCCUGUUGUUCGAGCUUAUGUCUGUGAGAAUGGACAUGUGUCUGGUGCCUGGACAGAUUGGCCAUUGUACACUUGAAGAUAAGUAUUGCCUUAUUUUUCCUUAACUUCAUCUCUGUUAUUUAGAUUGUUAAUUGCUUCAAGGUUCAAGCAUCCCAUGCUUAUAUCACUUCCUUUAUGUAUUCGAUUCUAUGUUAUCUGAUAAUUACACUUCUGGUCUGUAAUUGCACCUAUGAUAUAUUCCUUAAGUUCAACUGUGUUUUUUUAAUCAAAUUAACAAAACUGUUAGUCCCAUCAACAA